AUGGCUACUAGGAAUCUAACGGAGAUUUAUAUCAAUCUUCGCACUGAAAUUAGUCGUUUCAAGGCCUAUUCACUCGGUGACUCCGUACGUAGUGAUAGCCCUGGGGUACUGUACUGACAUAUACUGCCGCCAAAACAUACACUGUUUGUUUUAUGUUGUACCAGAUGGAGAACUUUCCUGAUGAUGAUUUGUUUUGAUUUAAUUUAACCAGGACGAUGACACAGUAGCACUCGUUCGAAGAACAAGCGAUCUCGAACUUGGCGUUCAAACCGGAGGAAUAAGCUCCUUACCUCCGCAAUGGUGGGUAUGAUUUUCCUGGUAAUCGUCGAAUUGAGAGUGUGAGGAUGAUGUUUUUUCUAAACUUACUUCUGAAAUAGAAAUUUAUUUGCCAAUAUAGCUAUAUUCAAGAUACGAGACUGUAUGAUCUAGUAACGUAUGAUUAAAUGCAUGUAUGUUAAAAUACAAUGCAUGGAUUAUUAUUUUUGACUAACAAGUCAGUCUUUGAAUGAUAAAAACUUCUGCAUCGCUUAAGCCUCCUUUCCCAUAAUCGAUUUUUUAUUAAGGCAAAGUUCUAAAAUAGUGAAUGACAAAACCACAGCUACUUUCAACUAUUGUGUAUCAGGAAAUGAACAAAAAACAAACACAAAAACAAGCCAAUAUGUUCUUAGCUGUUGUGUAUGUAAACUUUCGUUUUGAUUUGUGUUAGAUUAUGGGAAUGAAACUGAGAUAGGGACCAUAAAAAUUGGCUGGCUUGAAAUUUUUCAGUUCAAAGACAGAUUUCCAAUGUAGAUUUGUCUUUUGCUCAGUAGAUAUUCCAAAGCAUUCUAAUUCAUUUCCUUUAAUUUUCCAGGGUUGAUGUUGUGGAAGAGGUAGGUAUAAGCUAUAGAACUUCACAAGUUUUUAUCUCGCCCAAAAAUUUACAGUAGAACCUGGGUAACUCAAACUCUGAAGAGAAACAAAAAACAGUUCAAGUUAGCUGGGGUUCAAGUUAUAGGGGUCGAUUGAAUUGUCAAUCUUCUGUGUAAAUAUUGAUAGUUUACUGAUAUUUCAGCACUUCAGUAUACAGCAGAGUGCAAAUUAAAUUUAUCUCAUUAAAAAUUGUGACACAUCUAGACUAUACAGAAAUAUUUUACUGCAUGAAAACAAUAAGUUAACCAGAAAAGACAGCAAACAGCCUAUAAGAGAAAACAACCCACAAACCUAUCAUGAUACACGGCCUUAUUCAACCGAGACUAUUAGUAAAUAUGAUCAAUAAACAGUAAUCUAUAAUUUAUAGUCAACAUUAAAUUCCUUGUGGCACAAGAUAAAAAUAUUUAUACGUUUCAAGAUUCUUUCCUUUUAUUUUGUCAUGUUUCUUCAACUUAUUAAAAAAUGAAUUACACAUGUAGUUUGUUUGCAUUUUGUGACCUUGAAAAGUUUAAAGAUUACUCAAAUCCACUGGCACAUACAUCAAAAAAUGUAAAUAGAUCAAAUGGUCGAUAACAGAUUUUUUACCAUAAUAUGAGUUUGGUUCAAAGUACUGAAGAACACGAACUUAAAUUGUUUUUUGUUUAAAAACGAUUCAUCUUGAAGCUCAAUAAUUGACAUUUUUAAAGUGAAAACCCUAUGCAUACUUUACCUUCUCACUCUUACAGUGUACGUAUACAGAACAUCUUCAGUAAAAUACGAGUUGUGUACAUAUCAGUGUCAUGUGUGAGUGAAAUUAAUUUAUAUGGGUUUUUUUAAAGUUCCCAUUUUCAAUGGCUUUUAGUUUACACCUCAAUAAAAGUUAUGCCUGUUAAAGCGAGCUGUGAACUUUCAAAGUUUAUCGAAACUCGCUAAUGCUAACAUCAAUCGUGCUUGUUGAACAGGGCGCAGAGACACAGAAAUUAGGAGAAGCAUAACACUUGAUCAUGCACAAAUUUAAUGAUGCAGUUACAAACAAAAGCAAAAACUCUGGACCACAUUAAGAACAAUACUGUAAGCUCUAGUAUGCUAAGUCACCAAACCUUGUACCAAACUUGUAGUAACUUGCCUCAGUACUUUAUUUCUCUCAAAUUAGUACACCUGUACUUAAUGUUCCUGGUGUAGCUUUGUAUUCUGGAAGCUUUGUUGCUCAUUUGCCCUCUCGCUAAUAAGGCUAUGAGAUGAAAUUGUGUGCAAAUUUCUCAAAGUUCCUGUUUUGGCCAGACAAGUGUUCUUCAUCCUAAUCUGAAAUUUAGACCUCCAAGAAGACGUGUUUUGCAUUAAACAGAAAUAAAUAAGUCUUUAAACAGACUCUUUGAAGAUGGACAAACAUGUUUUAUGGAUCAAGCAAUGCCCUCUGGGUUACUAGGUUGAUAAUUAAAAGAGUUCAUUUUUUAAUGUAGGAGACCGAAAAAUUCCAAAAUCAAAUUUAUGAACUGGGCAUGCCUUGAGGUAGCCCAGUUAAAAAUUUAAUGGGAUGGCAUUUGUGGUAAGUUGCAAGAACCAGAAUUUGAGUCAUCAAUGUAAAUUUUGAUGAAGGAAAACAAAAUUAAUAUUAUUAUUUUUAGUGCGAGUUAGCGGGGAAUUCGGUUACCCACGUAAAAGUGACUAAAGAGUUGGGUCAAAUCCAAGGGAAGUGAGAUUGGAGUUAGCAGGGAACAUGAGUUAUCCAAGUUCAAGUUACCCAGGGUCCUACUGUAUAUUUUUAAUUUUUAUUUCCUCUUGUAGAGUGUCAAGGUUUGAAUUUAUCAAUUCCUUUCUUCCUUUUUACGUAGAUUCAAUAUGAAAUUACUAGGAUAAAGCAAAGAAGUAAGUUUAAGCUUAAGUUAAAUUGCUCUAGGCAGUAUAUUAGAUUCUAUAUCAGGGUUUUCAUUAAGAAUUCUGGUAGCAGGAGAAACGUGUAACAUUACAGGAGAAUAUUUUAGAAGAGGCUCCUCACGUAAAUCAAAAUAGUCAUAGCAGGGUUGUCAAAAGUAGCCGGCUGCCGGCGAAAAAUAUCGCCGCCUACUUGGUUAGUAUCGGCCGGCUUCUCUGCUUAGCAUUUCUUUACAAAUGGCAUUUUUAAAUAAAAUAUCUCUGGACUGGCCGCUUACUUUAACAACUCAGCCGUCUACUUCAAAACUUUCUGACAACCCUGUAUAGGCUACCGAACAUUAGCCGGAGAAUUUUGUGUAGUAAACUGAGAAUUCCCCAAUCUCCGAUGCCUAAUGAACACCCUGCUAUGUGUUUGUUUUUAACAGGUUGUUUUCUGAUGUGUCAUCACCUUUGUAGUGUUACAGCUAUGAGAAUUUUGAAAUAUUCCUCCAAACUGUUGCUGAUUUUUUUUUAUUUUUAUGGUAAUUACUUGAGUAUCAAAAAUGUUCUAAUAGGAGAAAAAGGGAAAACGUAAUUGAAGAUUGGAAUCAUUUUUUUUUAGUGCAAGAGUUGUCAACUCUUCAUGAUCGACACCUGAACAGACCAACGCUUGAUGACAGUGUGGAUGAAGAACAGACAAUAGAAAUAACCACGAAGGAAAUCACUCAGGUUUGUACUCCAGCCUUAUGCCAAUGAGUACUGUUUUUAGACAGGUGCGUUUUUAGGAAGAGGGGAGGUUUUCCUGGGGUGUACUCCCUAUAAUGCCCUAUAUGAUGAGGCUCCACCCCAAAGGGCAGGGAUUUCACUAGUGGAAGUAUUUGAAAGGGCAGGAACAUUUAUCAUUUUGAUCUGUUAAAGGAACCAGUAGGGCCAACAGAUGCAUUUUAUGGCUGUGAAAAAGUCAAGGAAACUUUCUAGUUUUGUGAUUUAUUCAUAUUUAAAGUCAGUGCAUUUUAGCCUUUAGAAGGGAUCAGAGUUCUAAAUUAGGUUUGUGAAGGGAGUGCCAUCUCUCAAAAGAAAUUUUAGGAAAGGGAUACCUUUUUUGUCAGAAAUGGUAUGUAAAAGGGCAAGGGGUUGGACCUUUGGGUGGGGCUUCUUGGUAUAUAUGUUGCAGGUAAUUUUUUUUCUUAGGUAAAUUUAAUUUUUCACUAGGUACAAUUUUUUAACCUGGGUAAUUUUGCACCAUGCUAUGGAAACGUUGACGAAAUUUAGACAGUUGGCUUAUUCAACAAAAUUAUAUUUAACUUUUCACUCCUACUAACAGCCAAUGUAAACAAAUUGACAAAAAUUCCGAUAAAAGUUUUUUUGUAAGGAAUUAUAAUAGCAACAUGCAAAUGUUAUACCAGAGAGGUUUUAGAGAAUUACUUGACAUCUGAUUGCCAUACAAACACUUUCAGUAAUUUCUCUUGCAUUUACCUUACGGACUAUAAAACUGAAAACCACAUGAUUUGCAUUUCUUUUAUUGUUAGAUGUUCCAUCAGUGUCAAGGUUCCAUUCAAAGAAUAGGGAGGCAAAGUAGAGGCACUUCAAAGCAAGAACAACGUCUUCUCAAAAAUGUCAUGUCAUCACUAGCUGUUAGUCUACAGGAUCUGUCCCUGAACUUCAGGAGAGGACAGUCAUCAUAUCUGAAAAGUGAGUAUUGCAGAUGUCACUGGGUUUGGAUAUUUUGUGGUUUAGUGCACCCUAGAACCCGAAAUUCUUAUUACUGUUGGUUGCAUCUAAGCGUGGACACGAGACCAAAAAACAUGUUCUAAUAGGGUGCCAGACAUGACCUGUUUUGCCACCAAACAUAUGAAGUUUGACAGCUGUUAAAGCAAACUGUCGCUCCACAGGUUAAGUUGUUUACAUGUUUUUGAUCAGCACGUUCCUUUCAUCUUCUAUUUUUCUCAAUUUUCAGGAAUAUUUCUCGCUCAGAAACAGCAUACUUGCUUUUAAGAAUUAAUCUUUGGAGAUUUGCAACUCUCUAAAUUCGAUAAACAGCUACCUACUUUGCACAUGAACAUUAGUCCAACGUCACCCCAAACUUCAACAGUUUGGCGGCAAAACGUGUCUUGUUUUCACCCGAUUAGAACAUGUUUGUAUACUAUUGCUACCCUAAAAUAAGGGCUCUUUACGUUUACCGUUCCCUUUCACAACAAGAAUUUGCCUAAAGUGAGAGUUUAGUGAGAGUGAGAGUAUAGUGUGUAUACUGUAGUGAGAGCUUGACAUGAUUUUUGUAGCAAGAAAUACAAUGUAAAUGACAGUGGUACUCUCCCCAGUUGUAGUAUAGGCCAUCCUUUCCUAGGAUUACUAACCUUCAUCAUUACGGUGUGUUUAAUAAUACUGUUCCGGUUUAAAAAAAAAAACAUUAUGGAAAGUUGAGACCUUCAACUCUUUUGUACUGGCCUCCAGUUUAGAAUUCAAAAUGUACUGUUGCAUGUCUGCAUGACUUCCAUCAUCACCCAUUAUUGUGUUGUUUCAGAAAAUAUUCAUACUCCCCGCAAGGAUGGUAUUUUGGUUUAAAUGCCCCCACCCCUCUGGACAUUUCAGUUUAGUUUCAUACCUUCCUUUAAAAAAUAUUUUAGCCUUUAAGACCCCCCUCCCCUUUGCAAUUUCCAGUGACCAUCCUUGGGGUGGGUAUGGAUAUUUUCCGGAACCACACAUUUUAAGGUUGACACACUGAUUCAUUUAGAUACGUGCUGGUAAGGCUUUAGUAAUUUCCCUUUUUAGGACUGAAGAAUCGAGAAGAGAGGGAAAGACAGUAUUUUGACACUGGUCUCCCAGCUACCAGCAGUGCACUCAUGAAUGAAGAUGUUGUUGAGGAUGAUGAACUUUAUGAUAGAGUGAGUGAUCUUCUUCAUUAUUUUAAUCAACCACACACAGCUGUAGUACCAAAUGAUCUCAAUUCAGUCAUGCACAAGUUGCAAUGUCUCAUUAGAGCUGUCAGUUGAUGGGUAUAGUAAUGUUUACUGUUUGGCAUGAAUAAUAUUUUGUGAGCACAGUUGAUGCUCUUGUGAGCAAACAUCCCAGGGAAGUAGACGAGGGAAGAAUUCUUGCACACAGCCUAUUACAUUACAAAGGAUAAGAAAGUAUACAACGCAACUUAAUUUUCUGUGGCUGCUGAUAAAAAUAAUAACUUACAAGCAUUUAAAUGGGAGUGUAAAUGGUGUUUUGCAAACCAUGGCAGCUGUAAGUAGGCAUGUCUGCUCACAGGAGCUUUGAGUUUAUGGUUUUAUAGGCAUGGGUGUUUCAGGGGAGGAUGUCUUCAUCAUUCUAUUCAUGUAUGCUUUAUUAGCUGAUCAUAGCGUUUCUGUCUGUGGAGGUAAUCCUGAAGUAUCCUGAAGUGUGACAAUUCAAAUAAAAUCUUUUCCGCAGUACUCUUACCUGUAUGUGGUACUUUUUGUCUGCUUUAUAUAAACUUGUUUUACCUUUCUGUCUUUGGGCAACUUAUUCUUUGUGUUGGCAUUGACCACUUAUGCAUGAGUUUGAUAUUUUGGCGGGGAACUGUGCCAUUUUAAUGUUGUUUUAUAUUUCAUGUUGUUUGUUAACAGGGAUUUACUUCUGAUCAGAUGAGGCUGGUUGAAGAAAAUUCAACUUUAAUUGAGCAUAGGGAGAAAGAAAUACAGUCAAUAGUGCAAUCAAUAUCAGAACUAAAUGAAAUAUUCCGAGACCUUGCUACUAUGAUAGUCGAGCAGGUAACUAAAGAAUAUUAUUUGUCCUUUACGGGGUCGUAAAGGUCAUUAAAAACUUGGAAAGUCAUAAAAUUUUAGAAUUUCAUUUUCCAGGUCUUGAAGGUCUUGUAUUCUAAUAAUUGUCAGUCCUGGAAAGUCCUGGAAAAUUAAAGUUAAGUUUGGUAGAUUCAUUUCUGUAGAUGUCCGAGCAAGGACAAUGCAAGAUAAAGUCAAGAGCACAAAUAGCAUGCAUUUUGGUGAACAACAGAUUAUGUGUGUGUUGAACUUAGUAAGGUCAAAAAAUAACCUGAAAAGGAGAGUUUUUAAAAUUUUCCAGUGACAGCUUAACACAGGGUCAUGGAAAAGUUGAAAAGUUAUGGAAAAAGUCAUGGAAAGUCAUAGAAUUAGAGUAUCUCAAAAGAGUACUAAUACCCUGCUUUAAAAAUUUCUUCUUUAUCUCUGAAGCUUCAAGAAUAGACUAAAUCAUUUCACUGAUUGUUCCUUAUUGCUCAUUCUUUCCACAGGGAACUAUUUUGGAUAGAAUAGAUUACAAUGUAGAGCAAGCUGCUGUUAAAGUUGAAGAAGGCCUAGAACAACUUAGAAAGGUCAGUACUUGUAGUUUUAAUUAUCAUCUUGGAAGAGGCAGUGGUGUUUUCAAAGACUGUUUUUAAGUUUUUGUGGUUUUCUCUCAUUUGUUCGUUUUAGCCCUUAUCAACAAGAAAAAAAAUUUUCUGCUUUCAAUUUUCUGCGCUCUUGGGCCUUUUCCAUUAAAAAAAAAGGAAUGGUGUCAUUUCAGAUUAAUUGUUGUAAAUCUUAUUGUUUGACACCAAGAAGUCUCAGGAGGCAAAAACCAGGCCUAAACAAAGAUUUUUCUGUUCAUGCCAAUAAACUCAAAAAGCCAGUUUAAUCCCCCAAAAACCACUACAUGAUUUCUAAACCACGAAGGAUGUUUCCAUCUCCCUAUGAACAUAAACCAGAGACCCCUUCCCACUCCCCCUCUGGAACCUCUGGAAAGCGGUUGGACAUUCUCCCCAGCUGAACUAGAGCAACUAAUUAAAUCAUAUAAUUAUAUAUUUGUCUUGUUUGCAGGGUGAGAAGCACCAGAAAGCGUCUCGGAAGAUGUUAUGUAUAAUAUUUUUAGCUAUUGUUGUAAUAAUAAUGCUUCUAGCUCUGGUAAUAACAAAAGCCAAAUGAUAAGCAAUAUAUUGAUUAUUGAGUAAUAAUCUAUUUAGGUUGUUUCAUAUUAAUUUGUAUAUUUGAUAAGAAAUGAAUUAAAUUAGGAGGAACAUUUUUAUCACUCAAGUUUUUUUAAUGUUAAACUUUACCUGC